CCCCACCCCUAAAGAAAAAAAGAAAAAAAUCCGAUGAGCAGUAAGGAAAGUGAUGCCAAGACUUCCAAGCCCAAGUGACAAACGCAUAAUACCUUCUUGAAACAAUAAAAAGUUUUCCUACCUGCUCAUAUUUGGUGACUCUGAGGGAAUUACUAAGACUCCCUUCUUGCUCAUUUUUGUAUAUUGCCUGAGCUAUUCCUGACACUAUGAAUACUAUUUGGAUGCCUCUUAAGUCUCUUCUCUGGGGAGGCACUAAGGGGCCUUGGAGCUGGCCUCGGCUCCGGGAGAGGCUGGACUUCCUGUCUCUCUGUGCUGAAUGGCUGCGAUGGCGCCCGCUCUCACUGACGCAGCAGCUGAAGCACACCACAUCCGGUUCAAACUGGCUCCCCCGUCCUCCACCUUGUCGCCUGGCAGUGCCGAAAGUAACGGCAACGCCAACAUACUUAUCGCUGCCAACGGAACCAAAAAAAAAGCCAUUGCUGCAGAGGAUCCCAGUCUAGAUUUCAGAAACAAUCCUACCAAGGAAGACUUGGGAAAGCUGCAACCACUGGUGGCAUCUUAUCUCUGCUCAGAUGUAACAUCUGUUCCAUCAAAGGAGUCUUUGAAAUUGCAAGGGGUCUUCAGCAAGCAGACAGUUCUUAAAUCUCACCCCCUUUUAACUCAGUCCUAUGAACUCCGAGCUGAGCUACUGGGGAGACAGCCAGUGUUGGAGUUUUCCUUAGAAAAUUUUAGAACCAUGAAUACCGGUGGUCAGACAGCCCUGCCACAAGCACCUGUAAAUGGAUUGGCUAAGAAAUUGACUAAAAGUUCAACACAUUCUGAUCAUGACAAUUCCUGUUCCCUCAAUGGAGGAAAACGUACUUUCACUUCAUCUGCUCUCCAGGGGGGUGAAGUGGGGGGAUCUGAAUCUGGGGACUUGAAGGGGGGUAUGACCAAUUGCACUCUUCCACAUAGAAGCCUUGAUGUAGAACAUACAACCAUAUUUAGCAAUAAUAGCACUGCAAACAAAUCUUCUAUUAAUUCCAUGGAACAGCCGGCACUUCAAGGAAGCAGUAGGUUAUCACCUGGCACAGACCCCAGCUCUAAUUUGGGGGGUGUCAAGUUAGAGGGUAAAAAGUCUCCCCUGUCUUCCAUUCUUUUCAGUGCUUUAGAUUCUGACACAAGGAUAACAGCCUUACUGCGGCGGCAGGCUGAUAUCGAGAGCCGUGCCCGUAGGUUACAGAAGCGCUUACAGGUUGUACAAGCUAAGCAGGUGGAGAGGCAUAUACAGCAUCAGCUGGGUGGAUUUUUAGAGAAGACUUUAAGCAAACUGCCAAACUUGGAAUCCUUAAGGCCCCGGAGCCAGUUGAUGCUGACUCGAAAGGCUGAAGCUGCCUUGAGGAAAGCUGCCAGUGAGACCACCACUUCCGAGGGACUUUGCAACUUCCUGAAAAGUGAUUCAAUUUCAGAAGAAUUGGAGAGAUUUACAGCUAGUGGCAUAGCCAACUUGAGGUGCAAUGAACAAGCAUUCGAUUCAGACAUCACCGAUAGUAGUUCGGGAGGGGAGUCUGAUAUUGAAGAGGAAGAACUGACCAGAGCUGAUCCUGAGCAGCGCCAUGUGCCCCUGAGGCGCCGGUCUGAAUGGAGAUGGGCUGCAGACCGAGCAGCUAUUGUCAGCCGCUGGAACUGGCUUCAGGCUCAUGUUUCUGACUUGGAAUAUCGAAUUCGGCAGCAAACAGAUAUUUACAAACAGAUUCGUGCUAAUAAGGGAUUGAUAGUUCUUGGGGAGAUGCCUUCCCUAGAACACACAGCAGACUUACUGCUUCCAUUUAGUUCUGAGGUGAAGACAGAUCAUGGAACUGAUAAACUGAUUGAGUCUGUUUCUCAGCCACUGGAAAGCCAUGGUGCCCCUGUUGGUCAUCCUUCUGAGUCAUUGUCUACCAAAUCAGGUGGAUCAUUGAGACCUGUCAAUGGAGUUAUUAACACUCUUCAGCCAGUCUUGACAGACCACAUUCCAGGUGACAGCUGUGAUGUUGAGGAGCAAUUACAUAAAAAGCAACGACUUAAUCUAGUUUCUUCAUCAUCUGAUGGCACCUGUGUGGCAGCCCGGACUCGUCCUGUGCUUAGCUGUAAGAAGCGGAGACUUGUUCGACCCAACAGCAUCGUUAUUCUUUCCAAGAAGGUUCAUCGGAAUAGCACAAUUCGCUCUGGCUGUGAUGUGAAUCCCUCCUGUGCACUGUGUGGUUCAGGCAAUAACACCACCAUGCCUCCUGAAAUCCACUAUGAAGCCCCUCUGUUGGAACGUCUUUCCCAAUUGGACUCUUGUAUUCACCCAGUUCUAGCAUUUCCAGAUGAUGUUCCCACAAGCCUGCACUUCCAGAGCAUGCUGAAAUCUCAGUGGCAGAAUAAGCCUUUUGACAAAAUCAAACCUCCCAAAAAGUUUUCACUUAAGCACAGGGCACCCAUGCCAGGCAGUCUGCCAGAUCCAACUCGUAAAGACAGGCACAAGUUGGUCAACUCCUUUCUAACAACAGCCAAGCUGUCCCAUCACCAAACCCGGCCUGACAGGACCCACAGACAGCACUUAGACGAUGUGGGGGCACUGCCCAUGGUGGAGCGAGGGACAGCGCCCAAAGCAGAGCGCUUGCUCAACCCACCGCCACCUGUGCAUGACCCAAACCACAGCAAAAUGAGAUUGCGAGACCAUUCAUCUGAGAGAAGUGAAGUGUUGAAGCACCACACAGACAUGAGCAGUUCGAACUAUUUGGCGGCCACCCACCAUCCACCACACAGUCCCUUGGUGCGACAGCUCUCCACCUCAUCAGAGACCUCUGCACCUACCAGUUCUAGUUCACAGGUUACAGCCAGCACAUCCCAGCCAGUAAGGAGAAGAAGGGGAGAGAGCUCAUUCGAUAUUAAUAACAUUGUCAUCCCAAUGUCUGUUGCUGCAACAACCCGUGUAGAGAAGCUACAAUACAAGGAAAUCCUUACUCCCAGCUGGCGGGAGGUUGAUCUUCAGUCUCUGAAGGGGAGUCCUGACGAGGAAAACGAGGAGAUCGAGGACCUAUCCGAUGCUGCGUUUGCCGCCCUGCAUGCCAAAUGUGAGGAGAUGGAAAGGGCACGGUGGCUGUGGACCACAAGUAUGCCACCACAGCGGCGAGGCAGCAGGUCUUACAGGUCAUCAGACGGCCGGACAACACCCCAGCUGGGCAGUGCCAACCCCUCCACCCCCCAGCCUGCCUCCCCUGAUGUCAGCAGUAGCCACUCUUUGUCAGAGUUCUCCCAUGGUCAGUCCCCUAGGAGCCCCAUUAGCCCGGAACUGCACUCGGCCCCCCUCACGCCUAUGGCUCGGGACACUCUGCGACACCUAGUCAGUGAAGACACCCGCUGUUCCACGCCAGAGCUGGGGCUAGAUGAACAGUCUGUCCAGCCAUGGGAGCGACGUACCUUCCCCCUGGCAUACAGUCCCCUGGCAGAGUGUGAGGACCAACUGGAUGCACAGGAACGGGCAGCACGCUGUACUCGGCGCACCUCAGGCAGCAAGACUGGCCGAGAGACAGAGGUUGCACCCAGCUCGCCUCCCAUUGUCCCCCUUAAGAGUCGGCAUCUGACAGCAACAGUCACAGCUCAGCGCCCGUCUCACAGAUGAGCAGGAUAUGAGAAUCUAAACAGACUCACUAACUAUUGGCAUUAAAGCUUCAGAAAUCUCUGCGUUUGAUAUUCAAACAUCAUAUGCCGGAAAUUUUCACAGUUUUUAGUGAAUUUAAGGAAUUUAGAUCCUACUUGGGUUUUUCUUUUCUUGUUUUGAUUUUUGUUUUGUUCUGGUUUUGGUUUCCAUGUUUUCUUGUCACGCACCUGAGCACUUCUUCCAGUUGGCAAACAGAAGUUCAAGAUAAGGCCUUGCUGACCUGAUCCUGGCAUAUCUUCUGCACUGUUGAAUCCCUGGGCUUACUGAUGUUAGAUGAUCACCCACUCCCUCAUGCCUGUGGGCAGAGGGAACAGAAAGCUCCAGCUCAGCGUUAACCACCUUAGGUUAAGGUGGGAGAGAACAGGGUGCUCUGGGCUCUUAGGCCCCUCCCCUCCUCCCGUCUGUGGCUUGGCUCAGCUCUGGCCCUCCUGGCUGGGUCUCCCUGGUCCUCUGUGCUGGAGCACCCCCUUGAGCACCUUUUUGCCAUAACCACCAGGUGCUUUCACUGAGGUCUCAGCUGGCGGUAUGGCUUACCCUUGAUCUUGGAGAAGACUUAUCUGAGGUCUCCUCUGCAUUUGGUCAUCUCUGUUUUGACUCCUUAAUUGCAGUAACCUGGCUGCAGCUGCUCAGGUCCCCUUCCGGUCCCUCAUGCCCUUCCCAGUCUUCUCCUCAGUGCCACACAUACACACCAGUCCUUCCACUCAGAACACUUUUUACUAUCUAUCCUGGUCUAUAAAGCUAGUUUCAGGACUACUUAACCUCUGUUCCCUCUCCCCUGAAAACUAGGGGGUUUGGAAAGUGAGCAGCCAUCUCCCCUGUGUAAUUUUCUGUUUUCACCAACUAAUUGGCUUAGUCAUGUUUCCUUCGCAUCAGGUUCCUUGUCAGUAUCCAUUAGGUCCUUACUCCUACGACUCCCCUUGCCUGUGGAACGUUCUCUGGUCCUAGCUGUGGUUCCCGUCACUCCCCCUUUGUUAACCUUGUGCCUGUCUCAUGUAUAAUCACAUCACCAAAAACGGGGGGAGGGGUAAAGACUUUUUUUUUUUCUUUUGCCAUUUUGUAAUCGUAUAAAAAUAGUAGACAAACUGCUUAAUGGUUAGGGUUUUUUCACAAUUCUCAACGUUAGUGAUUUUUUUUUUUUGUUCUGUUUGCAAGUUAAAGGGUUUGUCAUUGUUUCUUUAAAAAACAAUAAUGCACCAUAUCCCUAUGCAUAAAGUGCUUCUUCUAUUUAUAUGGUUGAAAAUUCUGAAUAACCCUUUUAGCAUUGUAAAAAAGAAAAAAAGAAAAAAAAACUUGUAUUUUGUAAAUAUUUUCUUUUCCUGCUUUGAGCUGUGUAAUGGCAGCGAAAUAUGUAGCUGUCUUUGUUCUAUAGAAAUGCUUUUCUUCAGAGAAGCUGAUCUUUGUUAAUGUCUUGAUUCUGUUCGCAAGGCACAGACUAGUGCUAAAAAAAAAAAAAACAAGGGAAAAAAAACAUUUAAAAAAUAAUAAAAAAAAA